GAAAUUCGUAAACAGAACUGCGCAUUAGGACAACAGCAUAGAUGUAUUCAGUUAUAUUAAUUAUACUUGGUAUUGUGUGAGUUCCACUUGAAGAUCACUUUACAUACUAAAGGUUUUUAUUUUAUUUUUAUUUUUUAAUUUUUUAAUAAAAGGCUCUACUUCAUACAUUACUUUGAAAACCUGCUCUGUUAGGCGUCAAUACUCAACUCAACUCAACACGGCUCAGGCUUAGUGUUCUUAGUUUUCAUAGACACAAUGGAGAAGAAGCUGUGCGAGCAGACUCGCGAAGUUCUAAAUCACCGGAUACGUCCACGCGAUGAGGUUACCGCCGUAAGGCGACGCCUAGCUCACGACUUGGCUCAAAGUUUAGGGGCUGAGGAGCUUAGUAGUCCCUUGUCACUCGUCGAUUCGGAAACUACCGUCAAACCGCAUGAGGCACUACAGGGUAUAUACCGAGAGUAUGUAGAAGCAGCUCGGAGAAAUAUUGAAAUACGAUCCAGCUUUACUGCACUACAAGAGGAGCAUGAUGCAGCGACUGCUUCUCUCCCAUCUCCGCCUGAGGAAGAUCAGCAGGCACAGCUCCUCCAACUUCAAAUCGAGGUCAACGCAUUGGAGCAAGAACAUGAGAGACUCAGCAUAGUCGACAAGUACCUAGAAGAACUAAAUAAGCAACCCGCGGCAGCUCCAGACUUCUUAGAUCCCGAGGUCAUGUUUAAAGGCUGCACUCCUCUCCCUGAAUUACCCAAGGAACUCAUGGAAGGCUUCACUCAAGACCAAGACGCUCCGAGUCGCGAGAUUCAGGCUUUGCUUGCACGGCUCCAAUCAGCCGUCCUGCGUAAUAAGCUCCUAGCGCAACAGGAGAAGCAGAACUUCGAGAAGUUAAAAGCGAAAAAUCCAAUCGAUCCCGGACGUCUCCCUCCAGAAGUUCAGCUAGAAGCACUUAACGCCGUGAAGGAUAGUCUCAUCACCUGGAUCGAGACUAUGCUGAGCAAGGCCGGCGGCGAGGAGGACGAAGCAAGUCCCGAGUCGCCACGCAAACCGCGGCAAGGAGAUGAGACAUUCGACCGCGACGCCCACAUGGCUGAAAUCCAGAGAGAAUACCAGAAACAUGUAGACCUCCGCAAGGAAAUUGUCGCGUCGAUGGCUCAAUUAGAGCAGUUGAAUCGCCGGAAACCGGAAAAGCUAGAACAUCGACAACAGCUUCAGUUCGACGGUCUCAUACCCAACACCAUCAGCACCAAAAACACAGCCUCUGAAGCCUUCCUACUAACGCCAUAUCUCGAGAAGUUGCAAGCCAUCUCGCGCGAGAAAAAAGGGUUUAUCCAAGAAAAAUCACACAUCAACGCGUCUCUCGCCAAGCAGCAGCAGGAGUUCAACCAGAUCCUAGAACACCUAGUCCAAGAAAGCCACCUGCUUCCCAAAUACCCGGCGAAGCGGUCGGAGAAGCCGCGGCAGAGCUUCGGCUCGGUCACGAAGGGAGCUGGCAAGGUCAACAUGACGGACCAGAUCGAGCCGUGGAUCUCGGCGGCGCACUCGGCGCAGAUCGCCACGCUCGAGGCCGUCUUCGAGAAGGUCGAGGAGGGCCAGGUGGCGGCCGAAGACGCCAUGCAGGCUUUGGACGAGGUCCGCAAGUUGCUUAAUAAAGAAAAGGUUGACCAGGAAGAGGCCCACGAAGAAGGGAGCGGUGCUGAACAUGAUAUGUGGAUAGGAGAGGACGAGAACAGCGGAACACGCGUCAGGAAGCACAGGGAGAAGAAGGUUGAGAAACCGAAGGGGCAAAGCAUCUACGCGAGAUUGGAUGGAAAUCUUGGGUUGAUAAACGAGUAAAGGGCCUGGUCCAUUCACUAAGGCUAGGGAAAAUCUAUCUGGGCAUCGUUUUUUUUUUUUUUUUUUUUUUU